CUGAACGCUGGCACCUUACUUCCAAUUAGCAAUACUGGUUCAAGAAGGGGAGGCGCAUCGGUUUCCUGGCAGCAUUGGGGCCGUCUUCCUUGGUACAAGUACCUAGCUAGCAAAUCCAUGCAACUGCUGAAGCUUGGCAUUUUGACAGUGCAUUUUGCUGCAAUCAGUCCACUCGCUGUGGCGGGGGCCCCUGCUUGGCGGCAGUGAGCAAGAUGUUCAAGAAGUUGCUCGAUGCGUUCUCCCCAUCCUCGUUCUUUCAAAAGUUGAAUAAGCGGCGACUUCAGCAGGAGAUUGACACGCACAGGCUGUUCUUGCUCACAAGGUACAAGGCAUGUGAGCAGCAAGGCACCGCUCUAGCAACUGACGUCAUCCAAAAGGAGGCCGAUGAGACGUCUUUUGAGGAGCAAAAGAAGCAAGUACAGGAGAAUGUACAUCGCCAGAUCGUCGCCAUCUCCCGACUGCUCCACAGUGCCUUGACUCCCGGGUGGGAACAGGCCCAGAUCGAGGUGCGCGAGCGGCUCUCGCGCACAAAACGGCAGAGCGGCCUCGGAAUGGCUGUCGGAGGGGGCGCGUCGCACCAGCCCGGCAGCGAUCUGAAAACGGACGUCCGAACAAUUUCGAGAGAAGAACUGUCCGAAAAGCUGCGCGCAGCGCUGGGGUACACGCUCCGGCUUGCGCCGUCGAAGGUCAAGCACGCGGACGCUGGGACGGGCCUCUUUCUGUCCGGUGUCGCUACUCCAGGGUCCGUGGUCGGCCUCUACCCGGGCGUAAUCUACGAUCCCUCCCAGUAUCGCCAAAUUCCCGGUUACCCCAGGAUCGGCCGGGAUAACCCGUACUUCAUUGCCCGGUUUGACGGCGUCGUGAUCGACGCGAAACCGUGGGGCGCGGGAGGGGACCGGAGGUUUCACUGGGAUGGGGUGCCGAGUCUUGAGGAGAUCUGUGUGGAGGAGGGUGCGGGGACUUCGGGGCGCGAUGCUGAAUCAGAGGUUUCGGGGGGGACAGCGGUGCGCUUUGAGCGGACAAACGUGGAAGGUCAAUCGGGGGAGACCGGCGUGUCGACAGAGGGGAGUGGACAGAGAAGUGGAGGCAUGAGUGUGAGUGACCGGGAAGAAUUGGUCGAGAAGCUGCCAGUCGAAAGCACGACUGCGCAUUCCAACGAAAAUGGGCUAGAUCCGGAAGCCGGAACGAGAGACCAAGUUGUAAAAGGAGGCGCGAGCGGGGGCUUGGGUUGGUGGAGGCUGGUUGCCGUCGGAGAGGGCCGCACCGGAUCAAAGAGAUCUUCUCAGGGCACUUUGCUAGAGACGAGACACCCCCUGGCGCUCGCUCACUUUGCCAACCACCCAGAGGAGGGCGUGGCGCCAAACGUCGUUGUCUGCCCAUACGACUUCCACGUAAGCGGCCCGGGUAUGGACGAGUUGCGGCCGUAUGUCCCCAAUACGCUUUGCCCCGACAAGGGGCCCCAGAAGAGGGCGGAUACGCCGAUAGGCUAUCGGUCGAUCUGGGAGACGAGGGACGAUGACGACCAGAAUCUGGACCGACCGGGGGAACGUGUGCGGCGGCCGGACGUUGUGCGGACGCUUGUGCUUAUAGCGUCAAAAGAGAUAAAAGAUGAGGAAGUGCUGUUGAACUAUCGGCUGAGCCCGCAUGUGAAACCGCCGGACUGGUAUCAUCCUGUGGACUCUGAUGAGGACAAGCGGCGCUGGUCAUAAUUAUUCGAAAUUAAGUUUUCAUGCGGAAAGAAG